GUUCAAAACAUCAUCAAAAUAGUAAAAAUCACUGUAGUUCCAAAACACGUUUUCUCUCUUUCUCUCUCUCACUCACCAAAAGAGAAAAAAGAAAAUCUUUGAUUUCUUUCUCACUUCAAACAAAAAAAUCUCGUGAUAUAAUUUUAUUCUUGAUUCUCUCGAAAUCUCCUCACAACAAAAAAAAAACAAACCCCGAAACUUACCGUGAUUCACAAGUUCUUCUUCCUUCUAUAAUCCCUUUCAUUUCGUUUUGUUGAUGCGAACAUAGAGAAAAAAAAAACUAAAAUGAUGGAAGAAUAUAUUGAUUUUCGACCACUGAAAUACACAGAGCACAAAACAUCAGUCACUAAAUACACCAAAAAGUCACCGGCAAAAAAUCCCUCCGGCGAAACUCGACCUGACUCAGUGAGAAUCGUUCGUGUCUCUGUAAUCGAUCCUUACGCAACCGAUUCAUCAAGUGACGAAGAAGACUUCCUCUUUCCUCGCCGGCGAGUCAAGAGAUUCGUUAACGAGAUCAAAGUCGAGCCAGCCUGCAACAACAACAACAUCAAUAUCACCGGAGUUUCAAUGAAAGAGAGGAGGAGACUCUCCGAUGAAACUCAAUAUCCGGCGACCAGUCGUCACCGUCGUCCACUCAAGGUAUCAAUCCCCUCCGCUCAAAAUGGGAGGAAAUUCCGCGGCGUUAGACAACGGCCGUGGGGGAAAUGGGCGGCGGAGAUUCGAGAUCCCGAGCAACGUCGGAGGAUUUGGCUUGGUACUUUCGAGACGGCGGAGGAAGCCGCCGUGGUUUAUGAUAACGCUGCCAUUAGACUCCGUGGACCGGACGCUUUAACCAAUUUCUCUAUACCGCCUCAAUCUCAAGAAGAAGAAGAAGAACCGGAACAACCGGUUAUUGAUAAACCGGAAAACAACAUUACAACGACGACAACAACAACAACAACAACAACAUCCAGUUCCGAAUCAACCGAAGAUUUUCAACAUCUUUCAUCUCCUACAUCGGUUCUCAAUAUCCAACCAUCAGAAGACAUACAACAACCGUUUAAAUCAGCUAAACCGGAACAAGAAACUUCAGAUGCACCAUGGUGGCAUAGCGGGUUUAGUUCCGGUUCAGGUGAAUCAGACGAUUCGUUCCCUUUGGAUACUUCAUUUCUCGACAGCUAUUUCAACGAAUGUCCACCUGAGAUUUCAAUAUUCGAUCAACCAAUGGGUCAAGUAUUUUUUGAAAAUGAUGAUACAUUCAAUGAUAUGUUCUUGGGUGGUGAAAUUAUGAUGAUGAACAUUGGAGAGGAGUUUACUUCAUCCAGUAUCAAAGAUAUUGGUUCAAUGUUCAGUGAUUUUGAUGAUUCAUUGAUAUCAGAUUUAUUACUGGUUUAAUAUCAUCAGCCAGAAGAAGCUUGAGAGAAACCAUGAGCAAAUAUCUACGGCGUGACUGAGAAAUUUUGAUGUUUUUAAUUAUUUCUUUUUAAUUUUAAUAACUUUAAAUUUUGUCUAAGAACUUGUAAAACAGUUUUUGAGAAAUAGUAGAAAAUAGUUAAUGAGUUUUGUUUUAUUGUUAUUUAAAUAUGUUGUUAG